AUGCAGAUGUCCUUGCCGGAAGUAUGGGGUUCACUUCCAGUGCGUUUCCGGACCAUCCGGGUUCCUGUGCCCUGGGGUCAGAGGGCGGCUGUUUGCCGAGCCCGUAUUCUGAGGGGGAGCUUUCUACGCGGGUUUUCUGUGGUUCCGUGCGAAAUGUGGCUUCACUUUGCUGAGACCCUGGUGGACGAUACUGAGGAUGUGUCCCUGGACUUCGGCAAUGAAGAGGAGCUAGCCUUAAGAAAAGCCAAGAUCAGGCACCCCGUGGCCACCUUUUUCCACCUGUUCUUCCGAGUCAGUGCCAUCGUCACCUACGUGUGCUGCGAUUGGUUCAGUAGGAGCUUCGUGGGCUGCUUUGUCACCGUGCUGCUCCUUCUGUCCUUCGACUUCUGGUCUGUGAAGAACGUUACUGGACGACUCCUGGUGGGCCUCCGCUGGUGGAACCAGAUCGAUGAAGAUGGGAAGAGCCACUGGAUUUUUGAAGCCAGAAAGGUGUCUCCCGGCCACACGGCUGCCACGGAAGCAGAAGCCCGCAUCUUCUGGCUGGGCCUUGUCAUCUGCCCCAUAAUCUGGGUCGUCUUCUUCUUCAGCACCUUGUUCUCCCUGCGGCUCAAGUGGCUGGCCCUCGUCAUCGCUGGCAUCUCUCUCCAGGCCGCCAACCUGUACGGCUACAUCCUUUGCAAGAUGGGAGGCGACAGUGACCUCAGCAGAGUGGCAGCCAGCCUCUUGUCCCAGACGGUGUUCCAGACGGUGAGUGCUGAGGUCUGACUCCUGGACCUUGCUGGCCUCCAGAGGCUCAAGGCAAGGGCGGCCUGCUGGCGGCUGUGCUAUGCAACAUCGCCUGGGUCAGAUGUGGUAUUGGCUUUUGUAUCAUCGUAAACAUACAUACAAUGAAGCAUUUAAACUGACUUAAA